AUGGACGAAGCAAUAUCACUCGACAUUCGCAAUGCCCUCCGACUAUCCCUCAAAUCGUCCGGUGACCUCGCCCAAGUGUUAGAUGCUCCUCAAGGACGAGGCCCGACGCCGGAGCAUCUUCGUAAGCUCAUCGAAGUCCUGCUAUGGCACCGCCGGUUCAUCGUCACUUAUUACGCCGUCAUAGGAGUUGUUGUUGCGAUAUCAUGUGGCGUCAAAAUAUACAAAAACAUCAAGAGGUGGACUCUACAGCGGCAUGAGGAUGGGGGUGAUACAGUCUCGUCGUCCGGGACGGUAUCAUCGUCCUCUAGCACAUUGAGAGGCACAGUGACACCUCCAACUGGCAAGAAUGACGAUCUCUGCUGCGGUGAAACAACACCUUUGCUCCUUCAGGAUUCCGUCACUAGACCUCGGCGGCCUCUUCUGCUGCACCGGUUGAAGGCGUUUCUUUUGUACCAGCCGCGGCCUAUACGUGCAUUAACAUCUCCAUCCAAUGUUCUCCCGGACAACGGAACGUCCCUGCUGCUCAUAUUCUUCCUUGGAGUCAACCUGUUCUAUUUGUUGUAUCGAUCACCCCUGACCAUAUCCUGGAUCUUUAUCCUAGCUGAUCGAGCCGGCCUCUUAUUCGUUGUCAACUUACCAGUUCUCUAUAUUUUGGCGGCAAAGACGAAUCAGCCCAUCAAACUCAUCACUGGCUGGUCCUACGAAGGAUUGAAUCUCUUCCAUCGACGACUGGGCGAAUGGAUGAUAGUAAUUUCUAUCGUUCAUAUGCUUGGUAUGUUCGUCGUCUGGUACACCAUCUUGCGUCCACUUGACUUCGAUCUUUUUCGAUAUCUGACCGAACCUGUGGUUUUCGUGGGAAUUUCAGCCAUAAUUUCCUAUUUCAUCAUCUACAUAACGAGCGUCGGCUGGUUUCGACAUCUAUAUUACGAGGCUUUCCUUGGUCUGCACAUAUUUUUCCAGGUGGCAGCACUUGCGUUUCUGUUCUUCCACUACCCGACCGCUCGGCCAUACGUCCUGGCGACUCUUUCCAUUUGGGUCAUUGAUAGAUUGGUCUGGAGAAUCUCCUUGUCGAGUCGGAAAUACCUGGCUACAUUAGAAGUGGCUCCAGAUGACCACACUGUUCUCCUCCACUGUGACAUAGACCUUCAGAGAACUUUACUCGGCACAAGAGUUGGGCUGCACCAUGGAUGGCUUCCUGGACAACAUGUCUUUGUUACUAUCCCGUCAAUGGGCUUCAAGUACCGCUUCCAGACACACCCGUUUACUAUUUCCUCUCCGGCUCCAGGGCGGAACGCUGGGGCCAAAUCUUGGCCUCUUCAACUUGUCAUUCGUUCUAUCGAUGGCUUCUCACUGGAUCUGCUGAAAUAUGCUCGCCAUCAUCAACACUGCGAAGUUAUCAUGGACGGACCACACGGUGGCAUCGAGGCCCUCGAGGCUGCUCACGAGGCCGAUCGUGUUUGCUUCGUCGCAGGUGGGAGCGGCAUUGCCGUCACGUAUCCACUUGCCUGGGACGUACGCGUUGAGGGUGUGAUGCAGCCAGAAGCACUAGUGAGCACCCGCACCAUGUACCGAGAAGGAAUAAGGUCUACACAAUCUGUGAUUGACUGUGGUCCUUUGGUCAAGGCUUCCGACUACGCUCAUUUCUGGGUGCGGCAGGACCCGUCCCACGCGAAGUGGAUUUCAGUAUUUCCUAGGGCUAGCAGUGUGAAACAAGAGCCUGCGAUGAAGUCCCACGCCCGAAGUGCCGAAGGAAACCUCGGUCAAGAAGAGGUAGCGAGCAUUGUGACUAGGUCAUUCGACACAAGAGUCCCACUAUCCGAGGGCGGUAGACCAGAUGUCAAAGGUGAAGUUUGGAACUGGGUGACUUCGACGUCCUCCACUAGGUCAUCUUCUUCUACGUUACUUAGGGCCACAGAGACGGACUCUGCGGUCCUUGAAAUUAGGGACUCAGUGUGCAGGACGGCUGGUUCGAAAGGACGAGACAAAAUAUGCAUUAUUGUCUCUGGUCCUGACGGACUCGUCCGAGAUGUCAGGAAUGUUGUGGCUCAACUUGUCCAAGAGGGAUGGGAUAUUUAUGUAUAUGUUGAGAAGUUUGGGUGGUGA